CCGGAAGUUCCGCCAUUUUGGAUCCUCUGCGCGCAGGGAGACGGCGAGUGAGUGAGUGACCCGGAGACGGUGAGGGAGCUCGACACAGCUGCAUAUUUUGGUCGCUGGGCCUUCUGUCCACAGAUAUUCCAUUGACAAUCCAUAAAACGCUAAUGGGGGCUAAUUAGAAAGACCAUGGCAUCAUUUAAACUUGAUUUCCUGCCUGAGAUGAUGGUGGAUCAUUGCUCUUUGAAUUCCAGUCCUGUAUCAAAGAAGAUGAAUGGAACCAUGGACCACCCAGACCAUCCAGAUUCAGACUCUAUUAAAAUGUUUGUGGGACAGGUUCCUCGCAGCUGGUCGGAGAAAGAGUUGAGAGAACUUUUUGAGCAAUAUGGAGCAGUGUAUGAAAUAAAUGUUCUAAGAGACAGAAGCCAGACUCCUCCCCAGAGCAAAGGAUGCUGUUUUAUCACUUUCUACACAAGGAAAGCUGCAUUAGAAGCACAGAAUGCGUUGCACAAUAUGAAGAUUCUCCCUGGGAUGCAUCAUCCAAUACAGAUGAAACCAGCCGACAGCGAAAAAAAUAAUGCUGUAGAAGACAGAAAACUGUUCAUCGGGAUGGUUUCCAAGAAGUGCAAUGAGAAUGAUAUCCGUGUUAUGUUCUCCCAAUUUGGACAAAUAGAAGAAUGUCGAAUCCUGCGGGGGCCAGAUGGGUUAAGCAGAGGUUGUGCAUUUAUCACAUUUACAAGCAGAUCCAUGGCACAGACGGCUAUCAAAGCCAUGCACCAAGCACAAACCAUGGAGGGGUGUACCUCUCCGAUAGUUGUUAAAUUUGCAGACACCCAGAAAGAUAAGGAACAGAAACGAAUGGCACAACAACUACAGCAACAGAUGCAGCAGAUCAAUGCGGCGUCCGUAUGGGGAAACCUUGCAGGGCUCAACAGCUUGGCACCCCAGUAUUUAGCACUUUAUUUGCAGCUCCUCCAGCAGACAGCCUCUUCUGGAAACCUCAACUCCCUAAGUGGCCUCCACCCCAUGGGAGGUGAGUACUCCACUGGGAGAACAUCAGGACUCAAUGCCAUGCAGUUGCAGAAUUUGGCAGCUUUGGCAGCAGCUGCCAGCAUUGCUCAGAACACACCAAGUGCAGGUUCGGCACUCACUACAUCCAGCAGUCCCCUCAGCAUCCUGACCAGUUCUGGUUCAUCCCCCAGUUCAAAUAACAGUUCGUCAGUUAAUGCAAUGGCUUCUCUGGGAGCAUUGCAGACCUUGGCUGGUGCAACUGCUGGGCUAAAUGUUGGUUCUUUAGCAGGAAUGGCUGCUUUGAAUGGAGGUCUUGGAAGUAGUAGUCUCUCCAAUGGCACUGGCAGUACAAUGGAGGCCCUGAGUCAAGCAUACUCUGGAAUCCAACAGUAUGCGGCUGCAGCUUUGCCAUCUCUCUACAACCAGAGCCUGUUGUCACAGCAAGGUAUAGGAGCUGCAGGCAGUCAAAAGGAGGGCCCAGAGGGAGCAAACCUCUUUAUAUACCACCUGCCACAGGAAUUUGGAGACCAGGAUCUCUUACAGAUGUUCAUGCCAUUUGGAAAUAUUGUGUCUGCCAAAGUUUUCAUAGAUAAACAAACGAACCUCAGCAAAUGUUUUGGUUUUGUGAGUUAUGACAAUCCCGUCUCAGCUCAGGCUGCCAUCCAGUCCAUGAACGGCUUUCAGAUUGGAAUGAAACGCCUGAAGGUUCAACUGAAACGCUCCAAGAAUGACAGCAAACCUUACUGAAAUGUACUGCCCUGGGAAGUGAGCGAGAAGGAUGUUCUGAUCCCUUCCUGCCAUUUGUCCAUCAUUGUGCCUCUAAAGCAUGUCGGUGUGGCGUUCAAGUACAUCGUCCAAAUCCUUGUUUCUUCAGCUUCUUUGAUGCUUGAACUCUCACCUCUGAACUUCUGUUGACCUUUUGAUGCUAAUGUGUAUUUUUAUGAUGUUUUUUUUCUUUUUUCUUUUUUUUUCUAUGUGUGGUUUAUUUUGUUUUGUUUUUUCUGUUUUUGUUUUUCUUGUGUGUUGCCUAAUUGGUUUUGCUACAAAGACUGCUAAGAGGGACACAAUAUUUAAAUCUGCAUUUGAUUAUUAAACAUAUAAAUCUAUUUUUCUAGAAAUUGGUAAAGUAACCACUUAAUUUUGAGAUGAUACUUUGUACCUAUCUUUUGAGCAAGCCUACCCGGCACACCAUGUUUACUAUGUGUUUUGUGUUAGUACAAACCAUAUAUAUAUAUCUGUCUCUGUCUCCCUACUUUUGUUAGGGGGGUUAAAUUUUUUUUUUUUUUUUAAGUUUAAAGAAAGACAAAAAUGUAAAGACAACCAUGUAAUUUGGGAUUACUCUAAAAAGGGGGGUUGGUCGCAUUUUGCUGUCCAUGAAAUGGAUUUGGCUUUGUUUUUUUGUUUUGUUUUUUCUUUGCCGUUUUUGAGCAUGAUGUUUCAGUACCCCUUUAUGUGAUGUAGUAGGUCUUUUGUUUAGCUGUCAGUGUCCAAAGUAACUUUCAGAUGGGGUGUGGUAUCUGAAAAGCCAUUUCCUCAGCAAAAUGUGACGUAUGUUUUUCUCAUUAAAUGGAUUGUGCCAAAAAUUGUCCUGUGCAUGUCUUGUAUUCAUCACCGCUUGGUGUCUCCCUUUUCCUGGGUCACUGAGCAUAUUAAUUCUGUUCUUUAUUAUUUUCUUUGUGUUUUAGAGGUAGACAUGCAAAACUUUUGGGGGUAUGAACAUAAUUUUAAAAGUUCUCAGCAUCCUUUUAAUUUGUAUUUUGCGUGUAGGCAUGCUGUACAAGGCAUCAGACUGUGUGUUUGGCCAAUGCUGUAUAUUCUUUUCCUCAAUGCCAAAUCAUUGUGCUCUGUGUGGAGCUGUCUAGAUUGGCAUUAUAACAUGGAGAAAGUAAAAGGACAGCAGAGGUCAGCACAUCCUCCUCAAGGCAGGUUCCAACGAAGUGUCUGGAAUUUCAAGCUGAGAACCUCUGGUCCUUAAGAGCUGAGAUUAAUGCUGCAGACUCUCGCAUUCUGAUGUGGAAAUUCUGCAUUGAAACAAGCACAGUAACUAUCAUUCACAAGGACUUGUUGUUCUGUCCCUCGGAAUGUUUUGCUGUUACUGUGGCGGGUUUUAUACCACUAUUUCUUAACUUACUCUGGGGUGUGUAGCUCUUGGUAGGAGCAGCCAAAAAAUGGAAAACUGCAAUUACUUUCUCUUACAGGACCAUGUUGAAAUCAUGUAAAGCAGGAAGUUGGAAUAGAUCAGCCUUUCGUUUGAAAAAUAUUUUCUUUGUCACCCUUUGGUGUCUGCUGCUCCUUAUCGAACAAGUUCCUGAUUCUAUGAUUCUACAGGCAUUUCUCUUCCAGUUGCAUCUGGCCUCACAUGGCUCUUUGGUGUGGCUUUUGUCGUUUAUAUCACCAUUACAAACAUGCUCUAACGUGGCAGAAUACACCAAAGCAUCAUAUGAGGCCUCUUGGUGGAGAGUCUGUAACAUUUCAUGUGAACAGGGCCUGCAGCUCUCUAAAAAUCAGUAUAAACAGAAAAAGUUUUAUUUAUUUGUUUUUAAUGAAAGGCUGCCGUUUUGGGACUUACCUGUUUACAUGCCUUCUGUGUCGUUCUUUAAGCAGUUUAACGAGAUGCAUCUAAUUUGAGUUUUCCUUACUAUGUUUUUCUAACUGAUCUGGAGCACUACAAAGAUCUGCAACUCCUCGCUCCCAUAUGGUGCUUAUGUCUGCACAGGGUACAAGGGAAAUGCACAAACCAGAGCCUCACUCUGGUAUUUUCUAUUUAUUUGAGGUUCUGAAUUAAUCAGCAUGGCCAUCACACAGCUCUGCACGGGACUCAUAAGAACAGUGUGUGAGCCCUCCAAAUGGAAUCACUCCCCUUCUCUUACUGACACCCCACGUCUCAUUAGAGAAGCUCAGAGUAUCGUCAUCAUCUGAAUAAAAUCAUAAUGCCAAAUGGCUUUCUUCUGACUACUUUUUAAACAAAAAGAAAUAUAUAUAUAGUUCUGUGGUGAUUUUUAAUGCAUUUUGCCAUGUUACCUCUGCCUUCCUGAUCUUUGCCUGCUUUUUGUGAAUAAUUCUAUAUAUAAAAAAAAAAGAAAAAAAAUCUUUUUGGAGACAAACCUGUGGGCUUUUAUAUUGGUACAAACUGAUUGUAGUUAACACUAGGGUUUUGUACAGUUUUUUGCCUUUUUUUCUACUAGAAAACAAUGUAAAGUGAUUAUUUCACAAUGUGAAGUUAAGAAAAAAAAAAAAUUGCCACUAUUUGACCAAGUUUGUCCUUCUGUGCUGCCGUAAUCGGACUCAUGAAAUUUCCCUCCCUCACCGAUGCUUUUCCUACCUGUCUUGAUUUUUUUUUUUUUGUGAUUUUAUUUUUAACCUUGUUUGUUUUGAUUUGCAAAGCAAAAAAAUGUUUAUUUCCCAAAUGUUUAUUUGUUUUUGUGUGUGUGUGUGACAAUUGUGUUUGUAAUCUGUAGAAAUUAAAUUUUCUUUAAUGGUUUAAGAGAAAAAAAAAAGGUAACCACUACUGCAUAGCUAUUGGCUGACUUUGUGGAUUAAAGAAAAUCCUGUUUAAAUUUGAGACCAGCGUCUGCAUUAAUUAACCCUUUGUAACCUUUUCUUUCUGUCCCCUGGUACUUACCAAUGUUUUAAUUGUGCACACUCGCGUACCGACUAGAAGUCAUUUUGUAAACAAAGUGUGGUACCUUCCUUUGUUUGUUUGCUAUUAAACUGUUUGAGAAGAAA